GCCGCCGCUGCGACCCUGGCGCCGCGCCAGAAGCAGCCGCGUGGAGGGCCGAAGGAGGCCGUUGGCAAAGAGAGUGGCCCAGGCGACCACAACGACGAAGAGAUCAUGCCGAUGCAGAAGCUGACGCUCGACAACGCGCAGAUGAUCAGGCAGCUGUCAGGCAGCCUCUGGGACUUCUUCCUGAUCCCAGGAGAGCACUCAGCAGUGGCCGCCGCGGUGGCAGCGGGCACAACCUACGCGGAGCAGGCCAAGGAGAAGAACAACAAGGACCUGGGGCCCCCGCACCUCCACAUCGGCGUCGACUUCUUUUUGGAGAUGGGGCUCAACGACAAAGCCGAGGGGGCCAACAAGACGAUCCUGACGGAGUUCCGCACGCUGAUCGACGUGCUGGGCAUGCAGGGCUUUGGGGGCAUCGUCUCCUAUUUCAAAGUCAAGAAGGCCUACAGCGAGGACCAGAUCAACGCCAUCCGAGAAGGAAAUCAGGGGCCGCACGUCAAGAUCAGCCGCACCACGCAGAUCGGGGACCUCAGGAAAGCCAUCGUGGACACACUGCGUGCGGCAGGGGCAGAGCAGAUAUUCGGAGCACCGCCGCCAUCAGGUCUCGAGAGGAAAGUGCAGGCAGCGCUGCGGGCGCGGCAACUGGCGAUGGAGG